ACACUGGUCACAAAUCACAAUUAGUGGAAACAGCAUAACAUCUAAAGCUAAACUCUGUUUACUAAUUUACUUAUAUUUUUAAACAAUAAAUUACUGUUAAGUAUAUGAUAUUUUAUUCAAAACAUUAACUUAUUAAUUCCUAGUUUUAGUGACUAAGCAGACUGUAUUACAACAUAAACAUGAUGACAGAACUCCAAAAUACCUAUUUGGUGUCCGACGAGCAGCGUCAGUUUUAUGAUGAAAAUGGCUAUUUGGUUAUUAAAGGUCUUCUGGAUUUUGCCAGCUUAUACAAUUAUAAACAGAGAUUUCUACAGUUUUGCAAGGGAACUGUUGAAAGAGGGAACAUAACUAUCGUUAAGGAAGUAUCUCUUAGAGACAAGGGAGUUACUGGUGAGAACUUGAUCAAUAAGCUUCAUGAGAUCCACUUCGACGAUGUCUUUAUGACCUACACGGAGCACCCUCGCAUCCUAUCCGUAGUGUCACAGUUUAUCGGCAGUGACAUCAGGGUCAUGAAUAGCAUGUUUAUUAACAAGCCUCCUGGCAGCGUUAGCCAUCCACCCCACCAGGAUUUAUACUACUUUCCGUUCCGUCCAGUGGAAAAGAUUAUUGCAGCUUGGACUGCGGUAGAUGACGUCACAGUAGAAAAUGGCUGCCUAUACGUUAUACCGAAGUCGCACAAACAAGGCAUUCUCUACCCUCAUGCGUCCUUAACCGGUGCUAGUCGUCUGUACCACGGUAUCAAACACUCAGUACCAUCGACGCCAGGAUCGGAUCAGGACCGUCGAGUGGACCUGGAGAUGAGUCCGGGAGACACGGUGUUCUUUCACCCUCUACUGAUCCAUGGGUCCGGAGCUAAUGUCAGUGGGCGUCACCGCAAGAGUGUAACAGCCCACUAUGCAAGUGAACAUUGCGAGUAUAUCAACCCUCGUGGCACUGUACAGGAAGAUAUCGCUGUAGAGAUAGAGACCGAGGCCGAGAGACGAGGGUUCAGGGUUAGCUUCGAGGACACCUGGAAAAUGAAAAGCAAACCAAUAACGAUGCAGUCCAAACUGUAAUCAAUCUUAAAGCUGAAAUAUCAAUUGUAGGAAUUGUUGUAAAAUGUAUAAACAGGAAUAAGAAAAAAGGGAGGUAGGCCUGGUG